GCGGGGGGCAGUGUCAUGCACAAGCACCAGCACUGCUGUAAGUGCCCCGAGUGCUAUGAGGUGACUCGCCUGGCCGCCCUGCGGCGCCUCGAGCCUCCAGGUUACGGGGACUGGCAGGUGCCCGAUCCCUACGGGCCAGGUGGGGGCAAUGGGGCCAGCACAGGUUAUGGGGGCUACAGCUCGCAGACCUUGCCCUCGCAGGCGGGGGCCACCCCCACCCCUCGCACCAAGGCCAAGCUCAUCCCCACAGGCCGGGAUGUGGGGCCAGUGGCCCCUAAGCCAGUCCCAGGCAAGAGCACCCCCAAACUCAACGGCAGUGGCCCCAGUUGGUGGCCUGAGUGCACCUGUACCAACCGGGACUGGUAUGAGCAGGUGAAUGGCAGCGAUGGAAUGUUCAAAUAUGAGGAAAUAGUACUUGAGCGGGGCAACUCUGGCCUAGGCUUCAGUAUUGCAGGUGGCAUCGACAAUCCCCAUGUCCCCGAUGACCCUGGCAUCUUUAUUACCAAGAUCAUCCCUGGUGGAGCAGCUGCCAUGGAUGGGAGGCUGGGGGUGAAUGACUGUGUGCUACGAGUGAAUGAGGUGGACGUGUCGGAGGUGGUGCACAGCCGGGCAGUGGAGGCACUGAAGGAGGCAGGCCCUGUGGUGCGGUUGGUGGUGCGGAGGCGACAGCCCCCACCUGAGACCAUCAUGGAGGUCAAUCUGCUCAAAGGGCCCAAAGGCCUGGGUUUCAGCAUUGCUGGGGGCAUUGGCAACCAGCACAUCCCAGGAGACAACAGCAUCUAUAUCACCAAGAUCAUUGAGGGGGGUGCUGCUCAGAAGGAUGGACGCCUACAGAUUGGGGACCGGCUGCUGGCGGUGAACAACACCAAUCUGCAGGAUGUGAGGCAUGAGGAAGCUGUGGCCUCACUGAAGAACACAUCUGAUAUGGUCUAUCUGAAGGUGGCUAAGCCAGGCAGCCUCCACCUCAACGACAUGUAUGCUCCCCCUGACUACGCCAGCACUUUCACUGCCUUGGCUGACAACCACAUAAGCCAUAACUCCAGCCUGGGUUAUCUUGGGGCUGUGGAGAGCAAGGUCAACUACCCUGCUCCUCCUCAGGUUCCCUCUACCCGCUACUCUCCUAUCCCCAGGCACAUGCUGGCUGAGGAGGAUUUUACCAGAGAGCCUCGAAAGAUCAUCCUGCACAAGGGAUCCACAGGCCUUGGCUUCAACAUUGUAGGAGGAGAGGAUGGAGAAGGCAUUUUUGUCUCCUUUAUCCUGGCAGGAGGCCCAGCUGACCUGAGUGGGGAGCUGCGGAGAGGAGACCGGAUUUUAUCGGUGAAUGGAGUGAACCUGAGGAAUGCAACUCAUGAACAAGCUGCAGCUGCUCUGAAACGGGCUGGCCAGUCAGUCACCAUUGUGGCCCAGUACAGACCUGAAGAGUAUAGUCGCUUUGAAUCGAAGAUACAUGACUUACGAGAACAAAUGAUGAAUAGCAGCAUGAGCUCUGGGUCUGGGUCCCUCCGAACCAGUGAGAAGAGGUCCUUGUAUGUCAGGGCCCUAUUUGAUUAUGAUCGGACUCGGGACAGCUGCCUGCCAAGCCAGGGGCUCAGCUUCUCCUAUGGUGAUAUUCUGCAUGUCAUUAAUGCCUCUGAUGAUGAGUGGUGGCAGGCAAGGCUGGUGACCCCACAUGGAGAAAGUGAGCAGAUUGGUGUGAUCCCCAGUAAGAAGAGGGUGGAAAAGAAAGAAAGAGCUCGAUUAAAAACUGUGAAGUUCCAUGCCAGGACGGGGAUGAUUGAGUCUAACAGGGACUUCCCAGGGUUAAGUGACGAUUAUUAUGGAGCAAAGAACCUGAAAGGACAAGAGGAUGCUAUUUUGUCAUAUGAGCCUGUGACACGGCAAGAAAUUCACUAUGCAAGGCCUGUGAUCAUCCUGGGCCCAAUGAAGGACCGAGUCAACGAUGACCUGAUAUCUGAGUUCCCACAUAAAUUUGGAUCCUGUGUGCCACGUAAGAGCUCAGGAAGGCCCAAGGGAGGCAAGCACUGCAUCUUAGAUGUUUCUGGCAAUGCUAUCAAGAGACUGCAGCAGGCACAACUUUAUCCUAUUGCCGUUUUCAUCAAACCCAAGUCCAUUGAAGCUCUUAUGGAAAUGAACCGAAGGCAGACAUAUGAACAAGCAAAUAAGGUCUAUGACAAAGCCAUGAAACUAGAGCAGGAGUUUGGAGAGUACUUUACAGCCAUUGUACAGGGUGACUCACUGGAAGAGAUUUAUAACAAAAUCAAACAAAUCAUUGAGGACCAGUCUGGGCACUACAUUUGGGUCCCAUCCCCUGAAAAACUCUGAAGAAUCCCCUCCAACCAUUCUCUUGUGAACAGAAGAAAUCAAGUCCCUCUUCCCUCCUCCCUCUUCAUUCCUGUCCCCAUGGGGAGAACAAAUGCUACUGUUCUUGUCCCCUUUUUUAGAUUUGUCAAAAAAAAUUGAGUUUUCUAGUCCUGUUUUUUUAAUUUUUGUUUUGUUUUAGUUUAUUUUUUGGGAUGAUGCCAUCUCACUCAUCAUGUGACUGUGCCCAUUCCUGCAUGGACCUUUCCCAAGCACUAGCACAGGUGCAAAUCCAUCAGAGCCAUUGUUUUCAUAAAAUCCAAGCAGAAGCGAAGAGAAGAGAGGAGGACUGAUGGAAAGACAGACUCUGGACAGCUGCACAGCUUAUGAAGUGAGCUAAAUGCACCACAUGAUGAGAUGCUCCUGGGCAUUUCUACCUAUCUCUACUGCUGUCUGCAGCUCUGAACAGUGCGACGUAAUGGCAACAGAAAGUAUCUUAUUUAUAUAUAGAUAUAUAUAUGUAAUUUAUAUAAAAUAUAUAGAAAUUAUAUAUAUAUAUUAUACACUCUCAUAUAAUAUAUAUAUAUAUAUUCACACACAUUUGGACUAGAAAAUUUAUGGAGACUUCAUCAAUGGUACUAUGUUAUCAGAGAAAUGCUUUAAUUUUCUUAUUCCAAUCAGAUGGCAUUUUCUAUCCCAGCUGGUUGGGAAGGGAUUGAAAAGGGUAGUAUGCGCUGCACUAAGGGCACUCGUAUUUGGUCUUUCUCUUGAGAGCUAAGGUUUACUCUAGGAGGAAUCAGCCUGAGGCCUGAGAGAAAGCUUUUGCCUGGGGGUGAGAGGGUGGAGACAACCAGAAAGCAUCUGCUGCCCUGAGGCGCAGUCAGUCCUGUGUGCAGAAAGAGAAAGAAUGGCUAUUGAUGCUCCACGUGAAAUUGCCUAUUGUUUUAUGCCACCUGAUGUGUCUGCAUGAGAGGUUUCCAUUUUGUUCAUUUUUAAGCUGCUGUUAAACCAAAACCAUGUUGUGCUACUGUGUCAGCCUUUUCAUUAUUGCAAAUUUUACUUUUACUAUUUAAGUGAAUGCGUAGAAUCCAAUUUGCCAGUGUUGUAAAGGCUUCUGUGGUCCUAAAGGAGCCAGGCCUUAUGGUAUAGCAGGUGAUCCAGGCCUAGCCAUCCCAUCAGCGGAAAGGAGAGCAGGGGCUGGUGAGGGCUGAAAGGAGGAGCCAGGGCUCUGCACUGCCACACUGUCCCUUCAUUCACCUGCCAAGGACAUGUUGGGCUCUGCUGAGGUUUCUUCCCACAGCCCACCAACAGAGGCAGGGAGUCAGUUACCUUCCUGUUCUGUGCUGGGACAGCAGAACAGCACUUGGCUUGGCCAGCCAUGUCAUGAGUUUGAUUUUUUUUUUUUUUUUUGCAGCUGCUUCAUGUGCCCUGCCCCAGCCCCCUCCCCAACAGCUGGUAGCUUACAGUUUCUUCAUGAAGAAAGUAGUGUUCAAUGCUGUACAUUUGAGCUGUAGAACUAGGAUUCACUUACUGGCGAGCUGUGAAACCUUGUUGCUUUUUCCCAGAGUCUGAUGGCGGUGACUGUGGUCAAGGGAGUUUUUUGCCUACCACAAGUGCAGGCAGCAGGUGUGGUUCAGGCCCUCUCCCACCCCACUGUGCUCCUUUGAAGCCAAUGUGCCUCCCUCACCUCCACACUGGAGGGAUGAUGCAGGGGAGAACAUAGAAAUGCUUGACCCUAGGGUUGGGGCACUUGUUUCCUAGCCUGCUGGGUUAGGGCCGGUGCAAAUGACACAAUGUUGAAGAUACUUUAAGCACUACCAGCCAAAUUUGGGAAAUCUGUAAACAGUUAUCCUACCAGCAUAAUGAGGCUAACUGUAAAAUCUGGGGCCCAGAAUGAGGGUAAAGAAAGGGCAGCAGCUUUCCCUGGGCAGUACACUGGGUUGAAGGCAAAGAGGGAUAAAGUGAUAGCUGAUUGUGACUCUGGUGAGGAGGGGGUGAAUAGGGAGUAUUGAUACUCUGAUGUUAACUAAGUGGUGAUGUCUGAACCAUGUUCAACCCAACCCCCCAGGGAAGAAAAGCAAAGAUUCAAAGUAAGCAUGGCACUAGUUGGUUUCCCAGUGUUCCUUCCAAGGAGACAUAUAUUUUUUAAUAAACGAUAGUUGCAAUGAA